AUGCGUCGGACUUUGCAGUGGGCGGCUACCCCUUUCAGCUGGAUGACAACGGAGGCGAGUUACGGCGGACGCAAGCUGACGAAGCCGGAGUUAGUUUACCUGUCCGGAAGCUUAACGAGCUUGCGUUGUUCCGGCCAGGGUACCACGCAGCACGAACAUCGCGCUGAUGCGAUCUCAAAACGUACCGACUGGAAUAACGGCACUGUUUGGGUUACCAGGCUCUCGACCUUGAUCAACGCUAUGGUCAUGAAUGAAGAAUUUGAUGCAGACGAGGUGCUUCUCCAUCAGACUGAACAUCCAAUGGAUAUUGAGCGUGGAUGUCGCCAGGGUUAUGCUUCGGACAAUUAG